UUCGUUUCUGCUGCACCACGACGGGAACUCCUAUUUUCAUAUGAAUUUUAGAAUCAACACGUCAGUGUCUACUUUUUUAAGAAGUGCUGUGAUUUUGAGUAUGGUUGUGUUGAAUCUAGUUCAGGUUGGGGAGAAAAAAUAUUUUUACAGUAUGAAUCUUCUGAUCCAUGAAUAAUGUAUAUAUAUUACUCCUCUGACUAAUAUGUUAAAUGGAAGUUGUGAGAGAGGGCAUGUAGACAUCCUUUCAAUUUAAUACCAUUAAGUAUGAUGUUAUGUGUUUGUGUUUUAUAGAUGUCUUUUAUUAAUUUGGGGAAGUUAACCUAUCUUAGUUCAGUGGAAAUUUUGUCAUUAAUGGGUAUUGAAUUUUGUAAUAUUUGGUUAUGUGUUUAUUUAGGUGAUUUAUUUUUUAAAGACUGGUGGUAUGGUGAAUUACAUUGAAUGUUGAGUGUUGAGCCAACCUUGUAUUCCUGGGAUAAACUCCAUUUCACCAUUAUGUAUUUUUCUUUGUAUAUAUUGAUAGAUUUGGUUUGCUAAUAUUUUGAUGUUUACAUCUGUGUUCACAGAGGAUAUUUGUUUUCCAUUUUCUUAUAAUGUUAUUGCUUUGUUUUUAUAACAGGCUAAUGUUGGCCUCAGAAAAUGAAUUGGGAAGUGUUAUCUGUUUUCAGAAAAUGUAUAUAUGAUGUUAAUAUCUCUUUUUUCACAUAUUUGUGAGAAUUUAUCAGUGAAGUCAUCUGAGCCUAGAAUUUUCUUUGUAUGAAUGUUUUUAAACUACAGUUGAAGUCGCUACCUAAGAGUGCUUACUAUUCUGACAUCUAGCAUCAUAGACUAAUUAUUCAGUAGCUUUUUUAUUUUGGAAUAAUUUUAGAUUUAAAAAAAAGUUGUGAAUAGUACAGAGAGUUCCCAUAUACCCCAUACCUAGGUUUUCUGAUUGUUAACAUCAUUGUUAACAGUAAUCAGUACAUCUGUCAAAACUAAGAAACUGACACUGGUUAAACUAAACAACUAAGCUACAGACUUUUUUUGGAUCUCAUCAUCUUUUACAUUAAUGGUCUCUUUAGAUUGUUCCCAGAUACAACAUUGCAUUUAAUUUUCUUGUUUCCCAAGUCUCUUCUAGUUAAGUACUCCUUAACAUCCUUGAGGAGUACUGGCUGGAUGUUUUUUAGAAUACUCUCCAGUCUGGAUUUGAUGCUGUUUGUCAUUAUUAGGGUUAUGUGGAAAGAAUCCCACAGAGGCAGAGUGCUCUUUUUAUUUUAUCAUUUCAGGAGUAUGUAAUGUCUACCUGACAUUCAUACUGCAUCACUGAUUGGAUUAACCUUGACCACUUGGCUAGGAUAGUGUUUGCCAGUUUUCUCCACUCUAAAGUUACUCUUUUUCUCUUUCCAUAUACUGUUCUUUUCAAGCAAGUCACUUAAAUCCAGUCCAUACUUGAGGGGGAAGGAAGUAUUUGCAUAUUUGAUUUGGAAUUCCUCUGUAAGGAAAAUUUGUAUCUUCCCUCCUUUUUUUAUUCAGUUACCUAUAUCAAUAUGGAUUAAUGUAUAUUUAUUUUAUAUUUUUGAGUUCUUGUCCAGUACUGUGUUUUAAUUUUGUUGCUCAUAUUGUUCUAGCUUUGACCCCUGGAAGGGCUUUUAGGUUGGCACUUGCUCCUAUCCUUUUGUUUUUUGAGUGCAUUCUUACUUUCUGGUAUUAUAAGAUGCUUAGGCUCAUCUUCUAUUUUCUUUAAUAAGCCAUUUUUCCCAAGGAGCUAUGAUUCCUUGUAUUGGGGAAUGAUUUUUAGAAGCCAAAAUGUGGGCACUGGGUGUGCUUAUAGCUGUUGAGUGCCAUUGCCUGUAGGCCCUCUCAAGAGACAGAGCUAGUUAAAUAUAUGUAUGCAUAGUAACUCAUGUAUACACACAAUCUGUAGUUGUUUCUGUAUCUAUUUGUAUCUGUAUUAAGUUAAACAUGAGAUUAUGCUCAUCUUUCUGAUUUUAAUUCAGUACCACAGUGUUCACUGUGUUCUUCCUUGCUUGUUUAUGUGUGACUUAUCUAUCUGACAGAAACCCGGCUCUGACCAUCCUUAUCCAUUUAUUUAUUUGUUUAGCUCCAGUAUACAUGAAAAGCUAUUUCAGAACUGUUAAUGCAUAUACCCAUGAGAAAUUUUCCAAUUAGAAUACAGUGUUUAUUUUUGUCAUUAGUCUUAUAAUUUCCAGUCAAAAUAUUGUUUUCCAAAAUUAGUUAGGUUAGCUCCUCCCCCCACCCCUUCAGUGUAGGUAGGUCAUAAUUUGCACUGUAAUUAUAUUCAUUUUUCACAGUCCAUAUUUCAUCUUGGAAUCUUCUAACAAUCAGAUUGAUGGUUUUUAUUGUUGUAUCAUCAACAUUCAGUGUGGUUCAUUCUUCCUAAUGUGCAGAGCAGAUCCUGCAUUCUGUUUUCCCUUGUGUGUCCCCUUUGUAGUCAGCCACUCUCCCCUCCCCUAAUCUCUAGUAAUUGCUAACCUGUUUUUUGUCUAAUCGUUUUAAUUUUUACAUUUUCCAGAGUGCCAUAUGAAUGGAAUGGUAUGAAAAUCUUUGGACUUUGCAUCUGACUUCUUGAAUAUAGUUAAAUGUAUUCAUAUUGUGUGAAUUAAGAAUUCAUUCUUUUAAAAUUUUUAAACAAUAUUCCAUUAUAUGGAUGAAUCAUUUGUUUGACCAUUUUCCCAUUGAAGGACAUCUUGAUUACUUUCAGUUUUUAGCAGUUAUAAGUGUAGCUGCUGUAAACAUCCAUGGACAGGUUUUUGUGCGAACAUAAAUUUUCAUAUUGCUUGGGUAAACAUCUAAGAAUGUGAUUUCUGCUUUAUGUGGUUGUAUGAUAAAUCAUAUUAUUACUUCUCUGUUAAGUACUUAUAAACCAUAAAUUCGGUGAAUUUUAUCUUUAGUAUUGCCCAAGUAGAGCAUUGAAAUCAGGCUCUAGUUUAGAAAGUCUAUAAAAAUCUAUUCGUUUAUCUAUCCUAUGUUUCUUCCUCUUUUAUUUGUUUAUUUUCUUACAAAGUACUUUUGCCAAGGGGUGCUUUCUUAGAAGAUGCUUCUUCAUAGAUCACUAAUUGUGGUUUCUUCAGGAAAUUCUGAAGAAAAUUAAUUUUUUGUGGCUGGGUAUAAUUUAUGUAAAUGAAAUGUUUACUGGGUUUUAACUUGAUAUAUUCAGAUGUUUUGGGGAACAUGUAUUAUAAAAUAAAGAAUAGGUCUUUAAUUCAUCACUAAUAUAUUGAUCCCAGAAAUUACAUAUGUGCAGAUUAUCAAGUUGCGUAGAUGCUUCAUAAAAGGAAAGUAGAGGCUAAUGAGUCUUCUUAUUGUGGCAGUGCAUUUGUUAGAGAGCAGUGUUUGAGGAAAAUCACUGUUGUAGCAAAAUUACAUGGCAUCUAGGGAUUAGAUUGAAUAAGUGGGUCUCUUGUCCCUCCCUCAUUCUAGUGUAAGUGACAGGGAUGCCCAGUUAAUAGAAUGCCAGACAUAUUAUUGCCUGGAGCAUAUUUAGAGACCAGGGAAGAUUUACAAUAAUCAAACACAAGUAGAGUAGCAUGAAGAAAUUUCAAUCCUCCUAGCCUUACUUACAAACUUAAUUAGGCUUUUUGGGGCAGAAAGUAUUUUUUGUCCUCCCAUUUUUUUUAUCUGUUUCUCUUUCACCCCCACCUCCUCUUCCAGAUUAUUUUUGAAGGGGUCACACUACUAACAAAAGGAGACUUUUUUUUUUUGUUAAUCCUAACUUACUUGGUUUAUUUGGCUUUAGGGAAAGGAGCAGUAACAGUAAAAUUUUUAAGAUAUUUAAGGAACUCCAUUUUUGAUGGAGACACUACAUAUAUCUUUCUAAAAAUCAUGCUUUAUUCAGGAAAUUCUGAAGGAAAUUAAUUUUUUGUGGCUCUAUAAUUGGAUCUUUUGUGAGUAUUUUUAAUUUAUGGGAGCUGUUUGGCCUACUCCCUUAACAUAUUGCCAGCUACAUCUUUGCUUUCUUUAUCAUUUAUGCAAUUUUACAGUGUAAUCUUUCAGAGCAGUGUAUGUGGAUGCUGUUCUUUGCAUUUCCAUUAGCAGCGCAGUGUUGGGCUUCAGUUGAUGAUGGUAGAUGCUUGGGGGUGGAGAAGAGGUGGGGUUUCUUCAUAUCAUCCCUCUUGUGGUCAGUAAAAUCAUCCCACAAAUGCCUUUCCAAGGAUCCUGACUGUACAUAUAAAGGAAAAGCCUAGGGAUGCUAAGGGAAUGGUGUUUUGGUGAGGAUUUCAUUCUCCUCUACUCCAUGGAAACGAGCCUUUUGAGCUUUUACUUGUCUGCUGAUUUGUCCGGUGAUCCAGGUUUCCCCUCAAAAAACCUAUAAGGCAUGGAAGUAUUUUGAACCGAGAGUCACCAACAGAUAAGAAGCAGAAAGUUGAGCGCAGUACAUCACAUGAUUUUGAUCCCACAGGUCUUGUUCAGCGUUGCGUGAUCAUCCAGAAGGAUGACAAUGGAUUUGGGCUGACGGUCAGUGGAGACAAUCCAGUGUUCGUACAGUCUGUCAAAGAAGAUGGAGCAGCCAUGCGGGCUGGAGUACAGACAGGUGAUCGAAUCAUCAAGGUGAAUGGAACUCUGGUGACUCAUUCAAACCAUUUGGAAGUGGUGAAGCUAAUCAAAUCGGGUUCCUAUGUAGCUCUCACUGUUCAGGGACGCCCACCAGGGUCGCCCCAGAUUCCACUCGCUGAUUCUGAAGUAGAACCAUCAGUCAUUGGACAUAUGUCUCCCAUCAUGACAUCCCCUCAUUCACCUGGCACAUCUGGGAAUAUGGAGAGAAUUACUAGUCCUGUGCUCAUGGGGGAGGAAAACAAUGUGGUUCAUAACCAGAAAGUAGAAAUUCUGAGAAAAAUGUUACAGAAAGAACAGGAACGGCUACAGUUAUUGCAGGAAGAUUACAACCGAACACCUGCCCAAAGAUUGCUAAAAGAGAUCCAAGAGGCCAAGAAACACAUUCCUCAGCUGCAAGAGCAGUUAUCCAAAGCCACAGGCUUUGCUCAGGAUGGAGCUGUAGUUACAUCCUCCAAGCCAUUAGGUGACACACUAACAGUCAGUGAAGUAGAAGGAGAUCCUGGUGAUGGACUAGGCAGAAGUGACUAUUGCAGUGGAGAUGCUUCCCGGCCCAGUAGUGACAGUGCAGAUAGUCCCAAGAGUGGUCUGAAAGAGAGGAUUUAUCUAGAGGAAAACCCAGAGAAAAGUGAAGUAAAUCAGGACACUGACACGCAGUCACUUAUUGGGAGUCCCUCUACCCGUAUAGCACCUCAUAUUAUUGGAGCAGAGGAUGAUGACUUUGGUACUGAACAUGAACAGAUCAAUGGGCAAUGCAGCUGUUUCCAGAGCAUUGAACUGCUAAAAUCUCGCCCUGCUCACUUGGCUGUUUUCUUACACCAUGUAGUUUCACAGUUUGACCCUGCAACACUGCUCUGUUAUCUCUAUUCGGACCUGUAUAAACAAACCAAUUCUAAGGAGACUCGUCGUGUCUUCCUUGAGUUUCAUCAGUUCUUCCUGGAUCGAUCUGCACACCUGAAAGUUUCUGUUCCUGAUGAAAUAUCAGUAGAUCUAGAAAAAAGAAGACCUGAGCUUAUCCCUGAGGAUCUGCAUCGCCACUAUAUCCAAACUAUGCAAGAAAGAGUCCACCCAGAAGUGCAGAAGCACUUGGAAGAUUUUCGGCAGAAGCGUAGCAUGGGGCUGACCUUGGCUGAAAGCGAACUGACUAAACUUGAUGCAGAGCGAGACAAGGACCGAAUAACUUUGGAGAAGGAACGGGCAUGUGCAGAGCAGAUUGUUGCCAAAAUUGAAGAAGUCUUGAUGACUGCUCAGGCAGUAGAAGAAGAUAGGAGUUCAACAAUGCAAUAUGUUAUUCUUAUGUACAUGAAACAUUUGGGAGUAAAAGUGAAAGAACCUCGAAAUUUGGAGCACAAGAGGGGUCGGAUUGGAUUCCUUCCAAAAAUCAAGCAAAGUAUGAAGAAAGAUAGGGAAGGCGAAGAAAAAGGGAAGCGAAGAGGAUUCCCUAGCAUCUUGGGACCCCCAAGGAGACCAAGCCGUCAUGACAAUAGUGCAAUUGGCAGAGCCAUGGAACUACAGAAGCAGCGCCACCCUAAGCAUUUAGCCACACCCUCUUCUGUGAGUCCUGAACCUCAAGAUUCUGCUAAGUUGCGCCAGAGUGGAUUAACAAGUGAAGGAACAGACGUUGGAUACCUGCCAGCCAAUUCCACGUCCUCUGUGGUUUCAGGGGCCACUCUUUCCCAGGAGGGAGGGAAAGAGAAUGAUAUGGGAUCAAAGCAGGUUGGAGAAACGCCAACAUCUGGAGACUCCUUAGAUGGCACACCUCGUACUCCCAAUACCAUCUUUGAUUUUCCACCUCCUCCAUUAGAUCAGGUGCAGGAGGAGGAAUGGGAAGUAGAAAGGGUGACUGAACAUGGAACUCCAAAGCCCUUUCGAAAGUUUGACAGCAUAGCUUUUGGAGAAAGUCAAAGUGAAGACGAACAGUUUGAAAAUGACUUAGAAACAGAUCCACCCAACUGGCAACAACUUGUUAGUCGAGAAGUGUUGCUGGGACUAAAGCCUUGUGAGAUCAAAAGACAGGAAGUAAUUAAUGAAUUGUUCUACACUGAAAGAGCUCAUGUUCGAACACUGAAGGUUCUAGAUCAAGUGUUCUACCAGCGAGUGUUCAGAGAAGGAAUUUUGUCACCCUCAGAACUACGGAAAAUUUUUUCAAACCUUGAAGAUAUUCUUCAACUUCACAUUGGGUUGAAUGAGCAAAUGAAGUCUGUUAGAAAGAGGAAUGAGACUUCCGUUAUUGAUCAGAUUGGGGAAGAUUUGCUGACCUGGUUCAGUGGACCUGGGGAGGAAAAGUUGAAACAUGCUGCUGCUACCUUUUGUAGUAACCAACCCUUUGCCCUGGAAAUGAUCAAGUCUCGUCAGAAAAAGGAUUCUCGAUUCCAGACUUUUGUGCAGGAUGCUGAGAGUAAUCCACUGUGUCGUCGUCUGCAGCUGAAGGAUAUCAUUCCCACCCAAAUGCAGAGGCUUACUAAGUACCCUCUCCUAUUGGAUAAUAUUGCCAAAUACACAGAAUGGCCAGCAGAAAGGGAGAAGGUGAAGAAAGCUGCAGAUCACUGUCGUCAGAUCUUAAAUUAUGUAAAUCAAGCAGUUAAGGAGGCAGAAAACAAGCAGCGCCUAGAAGAUUAUCAGCGUCGCCUGGAUACCUCCAAUCUCAAACUGUCAGAGUACCCAAAUGUUGAAGAGCUCAGGAAUUUGGAUUUAACAAAAAGGAAGAUGAUUCAUGAAGGGCCAUUGGUUUGGAAAGUGAAUAGAGACAAAACUAUUGACCUAUACACAUUGCUGCUGGAAGAUAUUCUUGUAUUAUUACAAAAGCAGGAUGAUAGGCUGGUGUUAAGGUGUCACAGUAAGAUUCUGGCAUCUACAGCCGAUAGCAAACACACAUUUAGCCCUGUUAUUAAGUUGAAUACAGUGUUGGUUCGACAAGUGGCAACAGAUAACAAAGCUUUAUUCGUCAUCUCCAUGUCUGACAAUGGGGCCCAAAUUUAUGAACUGGUGGCACAGACAGUUUCUGAAAAGACUGUCUGGCAGGACCUGAUCUGUCGGAUGGCGGCAUCAGUGAAGGAGCAAUCCACAAAGCCAAUUCCACUGCCAGAGUCCCCGCCUUGCGAAGGAGACAAUGAUGAAGAAGAACCUCCAAAAUUAAAAGAGGAACAUCAUGGCAUUUCAGUCCCUGGUCUGCAGAGUCCAGACAGAGAUUUGGGAUUAGAAUCUCCCUUACUGUCAGCAAAACCUCAGUCUCAUUCACUGGGUACCUCUGGGAAAUCAGAGGUUGAUGAUCUCUUUGUGGCUGAGAGACAAUUUGCAAAGGAGCAGCAUGCAGAUGGGACUCUAAAGGAAGUUGGAGUAAAUUAUCAAAUCACAAUUCCAGAGCCACACUUGCCUGUCUCAGAAGAACGGUGGGCACUGGAUGCACUAAGGAAUUUGGGUUUGUUGAAGCAGUUGCUGGUACAACAGCUGGGUUUGACUGAGAAGAGCGCUCAGGAAGACUGGCCACAUUUCCCAAGAUAUAGGACAGCCUCUCUCGGGGGGCAGGCAGACAGUGGAACCCAGAACUCUGAAAGCAUUAAGGCCUGUCAUCCUGGUGAAGGACAGAUGCCCUUUAGAACUGGAACUGGUGACAUGUCAACUUGUUACAGUCCACGGACUUCAGCUGAAUCUUCUGCUCCACGGGAUUCAGUGGUACUGGCAUUCCAAGAGAGCCAGGCAAGUAACAUUUUAGUAAUGGACCACAUGAUUAUGACCCCAGAGAUGCCUCCUGCAGAGCCAGAAGGGGGUCUUGAUGAGAGUGGAGAGCACUUUUUUGAUGCCCGCGAAGCACAUAGUGAUGAUAAUCCAUCAGAAGGUGAUGGAGCAGUUAAAAAGGAAGAAAAGGAUGUUAAUUUGCGCAUCUCAGGAAACUGUCUGAUCCUUGAUGGCUACGAAGCAGUGCAGGAGAGCUCCACAGAUGAGGAGGUUGCCUCCUCACUCCCCCCGCUGCCCACGACAGGCGUCCCCUCCAUGGACUCCACCCACCAGCAGCAGCAUUCUCCCCCGCAUGCUCAUUCUGAUGGGGCAGUGUCCCUGUUCACCCCGGAAUUCCUGGUCCGGCAGCGAUGGGGAGCCAUGGAGGAUUCCUGUUUUGAGGUCCAGAGUCCCUCCUCUUGUGCAGACUCACAAGGCCAGAUCAUGGAGUACAUUCGUAAGAUAGAGGCUGACCUUGAACACUUAAAGAAGGUGGAGGAAAGUUACACCCUUCUUUGCCAAAGGCUGGCUGGAUCAGCCCUCACAGACAAGCACUCAGAUAAAAGUUAGAGCUGUGUGUCCUGGAGGUGACUGAAAGUUGUUGGAUUUGAGCAUCGGCCUUGUAUCACCACGUCCUGGCUCCAGUGUGGACACAGAGAGUGUGGCCCUGAGGUUGCCAUGCCCAGGGUGCCCAAGCAGGACUGGUUCUUCACAGUCUGGCAGCUGCUCUCGCCUGUCAGUGAGGGGACGUUCGUUCUCGUUCUCUCACUCUGCUCUCCUCACUCUCGGAAAUUCAUUUUGAUUCAGAACAAAAACCAAAUGUAUAGAGCUUUGGGUGUAGAAUAUGAAAUUUUACUUAGACUUAAGAAAAAGAGAAAAUCAGAUGUAUUUAUUUGACUUCAUUCCGUAUUUGAAAGCACAUUUUAAUUUUUAUUUUGCCAUGUUUUGUUUUAGUUGAGUAGUGAGAGUUUUCGCCCUUUGUAUUUAGUACACCCAAGGAUCGAUUGCUCCUGAAGCAGAGAGUUCAGGGUAGGGUAUUGGAGGUGGGGUAGAGAGGUGACGAGGAGGAGGGGGUAAGCGGGGAAGGAGGAAUGUCUGGCCUUCGCUGUACUGUAUCCCAUGCCCUCUGCUGUCCAGUAGGCUGCUUCUCCGAGGGUCACCUCAAAAGUGUAGUCUGCUUGGCUCCUAAGUGCAGAGGCCUUGAGCUCUGUGCUCCCAGGCAGCGCUUCCUCCCACCCGAGGCAAGCACCUUUUCUCUGUAGCUGGGACCCACUCCCAAUUACAGGACUCCUCAAUGUACUCAAUAGCAGUCACUUGAAAAUGGGUAUGUUUUUUUCCAUUGUCUCCUUUUCUGGUGAGGGUUGGGAUUUGGGAGGGAGAGGAAAGCAAAUUUUAUUUUCUUGACUAUAAAUUGGUUAUUCUUGGUAUUGUCUCAUUUUUAUAAUUAUACCUUAGACUUUGGCACUUGUGUAAAUUUUCCCUGCGCAUUGAGCAGGAAGUAAAAACAAACAAACAGAUGCUUCAGAUGGUGGUGGUGGUGGCCGAGGAAGGGUGGGAUGGGAGCGGGCAAGAGUUUGGGAAGGUAGGUAACUGAAUCACUACUGAGUUGAACAAUGGCUUUCAUUAGCCACGGGUACUGCUGAUUAUAAGGCCAGUAAAAUUUUAGUACCUGAAGGUUUGACUCUUAAUUUUUGCACUGAUGGUGCCAAAGGGCUCUUUGACUUAAACAGAGAGCCAAGAGUGGAGUGGAGAAAGAUGUGGUGGAGAGGCAAGCUGCUCAAACCAGCUCUGGAAGCACUUCCUCUGACUUCACUGCUGGAACUUUUUCCACACUGGUGCAUGACUGACCUUAAAAAUUGCAGACCAGAACAUACACUGGAUACUGCAGGCAAGGCGUUGGCAACUGCCUGCUCUAGAAUGAAUAGUAGUGGCAGCACCCUCCAGAGGAGAAAUGUUUCAGAACUGUAACUUGAGAACUCCUUCAGUUCUAUUGGCUUUUCUGUGGUUUUCUUCGUGCAUCAGGUAUAUGUUUUCAAAUAUUUUUGCCAAUUAAAAUGAAAUCAUUUGUCAAAUAUUAAAAUUCUGUUAAUAUGCAAGGAGUUCAUCCACUGCUCAUACCUUUCAGUAGUGUCCUCUGAACUCUGUGGGUAGUUAGGAUAUAAUUUUACUCUUCCCUACCAUUCCCCCCUCCACCCAAAUAUAUAUAUACAUAUACAUUUCCCCCCUCAUCACAGGGUUCUCAACUACUUUUAUAAGCACCACUACAACUUAACAAGCUCAACAAGUUCGUCUAUGUCCAGAUUCCUGUUUCUGUUUUUCCAAAACUGAUCUAUGUUUUUAAAUAGACCAACUUGGAUCGUUGGACCUCAUCUAUAAAUUAGAAUUUUAUUUUGAGUUGUAGCCCAAGGAUAAAUUAAAUCAAAAUGGGAUUAAAAUUUUAGAAGCAGAAGCUAAUAUAUAAAUUAAGCUUGGAACUUGAACUUUCUGUAUCUCUUAUGAGAAGCAAGUAGAAACCAAAUGGUUACAUUGUGCUGCUGGAAAUAAUGUAGUCACUUCCAAGGAAAAGGGUUACACCUGUAGUUCCUAGACACUAAUACCAUCAGUGGGUAAUUAAUCAGGAGAAAGGUAAAUACAAAUAGAACUUUCAUCCUAGCCUCAGACAGUACAAGGUAGUUGCGUAAUUCUCUUAACACUCAUUCAUUUAAGAAGCUUUGUAGGUUCGCAGGGUUUGGGUUUCUCUUCUAGCUCAGCCAGGCUCUUGUCCUUAGCAACUCUUUGCUUUGCUUUUCUUGAAGUUUAACCCUUCCUUGGAACAAAAACAGGGAUAACUGGAAACAUAUAUUGACCAUAGCUCUAGUACUUCCAAAUAAAUCUGUAUCUAGAUUUUCAAAUGAAGUCUUACUUCUGAGACGAUUCCAUGAUUUUGAGGGUUCGUUUUAUCUUACCAGCCUAACUUCUUCCCUCCUCCUUCCCAGCCUAGCCUCCCACACUCUCCGUUUUGUUAGGCCAUUCUCAUCACACCCGUUUUACUUUGAUUACUAUAUCUGCCAUUCAGGAUGAUGGAAUUAGAUGUUCACCCUGUCUUUGAGUAAGACUGGUUGCCAUCAAAGCAAUUUUCUCAAAGUUCCUUGACCAGAAGUUGGAAUCUACUUCCAUAUAAAAAGAUCCAAGGGCAGUGGGCAGAGCAGCCUUGGCAGAGCAGGAAGAGCAGGAGCACUGGGUUUUGGUGACCUGCUGUGACCCCAUGCUCUCUCCUGUGGGACUAAUGGCUCCUUUGCCAUCAAGUGGCAAAUUUCGUUUGGAGCGUCUCCGUCAUUUUCAGACAACAGAGUUAAUCAAGGCAAAUCAACAAACCCCCAAAGUGCUGUAAUUUAAAAUCAUGAUGACUGCCCUAGAAGCCAUAUAUUUUACAUACUUUAAAAUCAGCUAACUUGGGAGUUCCUGCUGGGGCACAGUGGGUUAAAGAUCCAGCUUGUCUCUGUAGAGGUUUGAUCCCCGGCCAGGCAAAGUGGGUUAAGGAUCCAGCACUGCUGCAACAGUGGUGCAAGUCACAGCUCUGGCUCAGAUUUGAUCCCUGGACCGGGAAUUUCCAUGUGCCACAGGGGCAGUUGAACAAGGGAAAAAAAAAAUGAGCUAACUUGGACUACUUGAGUUAUCUUGGCUUUAUCUAGGGCCUAAACUUUUACUAUAUUAUGCUGUGCAGGUGGCAUAUUUUAUAAGUUUCUUGGCUUUCUUUUAUUUAAAGCAACUAUUAAGAUGAUUCCCUCUAAAAAAGUUUUUUUGUUAAUUUGUUUUUGAAGGAGUGUGGGGAGCUAAUGUGAUCGUAGAGAAGAGAAGUCCUUUUUUUUCCUUAUUUUGAAGCUUAAGAAAACAUGCUUCCUGUGAGGUGUCUUUUACUCAUGCGCAUUUUUUUUUCUUUUUAUUAUUGGUAAAUUUGGUGUAUUACCUGAAGCUUCUAUAUUUCAAACUAGAAGCUGUCUUCUUUGAAGUUGGUAUAUGAUGUUAUUUUGAGCUACUAGAGCUUUGGUCAGUAUUUCCUCCCUGUAUGUCACAGAGGACACCAUCCAGAGAACUAUGUACAGAGGACCUCAAAAUAAAAAAUUACCAGGACUGUUUAGACAUCUUUCUGCUGGCUAGGUUUUUCUUCCCUGUUAUUACAAUUUUUGUUUUAUAAAUUAUGCCUUUUUUUUUUUUUCUGACUUUCCCACCCCUUUUCAAAGUGAUCUGCAAAAUUGUUCUUUCCUCAAGAAAAGAAUUCCUUUUGCCUCAUUCUUCCCCACUGGUAUUGAUGGUUUUGAAAAUAAAUUGGUAGGAAAAAAAAAUGUACCUCCUAGAAGGAAGCCACCUGUCCGCCAUGUCCAGGUACCAAUGGCUAAGCAGACAUACUGCAAACAUGUUAACUGUAACAUGCACACUGUGGGUUCUUCUUAAUCAGCCUCUUCCUACUAGAACAUUUUGCUUUCCUUGUUCACCAUACAAUCAUGUACUCUUUAACAGAAAUUACUUUUAAAGAAAUCUGGAACUAUCUUAAGAAAAACUUUAUUAAUAAUCAUGUAUUUUUACUGAUCACAUUUUGAAAUGCCUAAAAGACUUUAUUGUUCUAAUUAUCCAGAUGUACCUUUGUAAAAUAGCUCUUUUAUGAAUUAGCUGAUAAGGCUGUAUCUUUCUGGAACAAAAUAUCAGACAUCUAAAAACUUUCUGUUUUCUGGGGCCUGGGAAGAUAGAAAAUGAGAAUUCAAAUAUUAAAUAUGCUUAAAGGAA